GCGGGCAAUGUCGUCAUAUUUGUGCGACCGCAUCAGCGUAAACAAGCCGCACAGCAGGCUGUCUAGUUUCUUAACCAUUUUCUGGUUAAAGCGAGUGCGUUUUUACGUCUUUUUGUCGUAGGAGUCAACUAUAAAUUGAUAAUAUUGAUAAUAUUGAUAAUAUUUAUAGAUGUAUUAGUCUUGUGUGGGGCUGUUUUGCGUUGUAUGAGCCUGAAAGGAAGAUGUUUAUGCCUCGAUCAUUAAAGGUUAAGAGAGCGUCUGAGAGUCAGAAAAGCCCUGAGGUGAAAAAAAGCAAAGGAAACUUGGAUGCCAGUGUAACUGAUUCAGAGUCGCACAGUGGGGAUGAAUGUUUCUCAGUGAAAACAGAAGAUAAUCCUGAUGAAUCACACAAACACACCACCUCACUACAAAGCGAGUUAAUCAGGAAUGAAACAGAGGAGCAGGAAGAGAAGCAGGAAGAGGAGGAACCUGUGAAGUCAUUCAAGAAAAGCCAGAGAUGGCCAAACCCAGGAGAACCUGUGUGUGUGAUGUGUGGCCGUUAUGGGGAGUACAUCUGCGACAACACUGACAAUGAUGUGUGCAGUCUGGAGUGCAAGGCGAGCCACCUGGCCAGCAUGUGCAUGGGACUCAGAGAAAAGGUCUUCUCCAAAAUGAAGCCAGACACUACAGGCAUCCCUCCAUCAUCAACACAUACUGAGCACACUUCCACUAGUGCCGAGCUCGGCUACUCCUACAGAGAGGACGCCUUCAUAACAGAGCUGAGCGAGGACCAGGUUGAAAGGGUGAAGAAAGAGCUCUCAGUAGUUACAGAAGGUCAGAAUGUCACCAGGCCCAUCAUUGAAUUUGAGCACUGCCACUUUCCUGAAGCACUCAGAAUGAACCUGAAGAAGGCUGGCUAUGAGGCUCCAACUCCGAUCCAAAUGCAGAUGGUUCCUGUAGGUUUGGCUGGGAGAGAUGUGAUUGCCACAGCUGACACAGGAUCUGGAAAAACCAUUGCUUUCCUGCUUCCAGUGGUGGUUCAUUGCUUGGAGAAGGAAGCAGGUUCUUCACCCGGCCCUGUGAGUGUGAUUCUGACUCCAACCCGGGAGCUGGCUAUUCAAAUCGAGAGACAGGUGAAGGAGUUGAUUAUGGGCCUGCCCAACAUGAGGACUGCACUGUUGGUCGGAGGGAUGCCCCUACCCCCUCAGCUACAUCGGCUCAAACAGAAAAUCAAGAUUGUGAUUGCCACUCCAGGCCGUCUGAUAGAGAUUCUGAAGCAGAAGGCUGUCCAGCUCGACGGCGUAAAAGUUGUAGUUGUUGAUGAGGCUGACACCAUGCUGAAGAUGGGAUUCCAGCAACAAGUGCUCGAGAUUUUGGAGCACGUUCCCGAUGACCAUCAGACUUUGCUAACGUCUGCGACGAUACCUGCAGGAACGGAGCUGCUAACAGCUCGUCUGACCAGCGAUCCCGUACGCAUUACAGUUGGCCAGAAGAAUCAACCGUGUGCUAAUGUCCGCCAGAUCGUUCUCUGGGUAGAGGAGCCAUCAAAGAAAAAGAAGCUCUUUGAGAUUCUGAAUGACGGGAAGCUCUACCAGCCACCUGUGGUGGUGUUUGUGGACUGUAAACUUGGAGCUGACCUUUUAUGUGAAGCUGUACACAAAGUUAUGGGUUUAAAUACAGUAGCUAUUCACUCUGACAAGACACAGUGGGAACGCAACAGAAUCCUCAAGGGUCUGCUUGAGGGCCAGUUUGAAGUGGUGGUUAGUACGGGCGUAUUGGGUAGAGGACUGGACCUGGUCAAUGUCAAGCUGGUGGUGAAUUUCGACAUGCCAACUAACAUGGAUGAGUAUGUUCAUCAGAUUGGUAGAGCAGGAAGACUCGGGCACAGAGGGACGGCGAUCACCUUCAUGAAUAACAACAAUAAGCGCUUGUUUCUGGACAUAGUGGAGAGAGUAAAGCCGACUGGAUCCCAGCUUCCCCCACAACUCCUCAACUCCCCACAUCUACUCGACCAGCAAAGGAGAGCCAGGAAAAGUACUAAACAAGGAGGGGAUGAUGUUGUGACCAAGAGCAAUAUUAUUGACAUUAUUAAAAGACAUGACAGGAACCGUUUUAAGAAAUGAUUUGAUUUGAAACCUUGAUUUUUGAUACAAGUACACAUAUUCAAUGUUAAUUUAAUUUUUAAUAAAUAACAUGUUGCAUUA